UACGGGCGGAUUUCAGUGGCCUAGAGUGCAGUGCGAUGGUAGGGCGAGGGGGCUGUCUGGAUCGGGGUGUGUAUGACCAGUCAGGAUAUACACAUCGGUCUCAGGUGACAAGAUACACGCAGUACAGAGAAAGGGGGAAAGGGCGUAUCCUACCCUGAUAGAGCUGCUCUUGAGGCUCUGCACACACUAUGUACCUGAACGUCAACCUUACCCCGCCCCCCUCGGCAGCGGGGGAGGGGUCCUGUACCACGCCCAAGACACCGGAAAUCCUAAACUCCCUUAUCAACCUGACCAGUCCGCCCCUCCCGCACUCGUAUGCCCACUACCAAACACAGGUGGAGGGCGGAUCCCUGGUGAGCCCCGUGAGCGAGCUAGGCAGUCCCCUGGAGGAUGGAGGAGCAGUCACCACCCUCAGCCCUCAGGAAGGUCCAAUAGGAAGAGGCAGGAGUGAGCACAGUACACCCCGCCACCUACCCCAU